AUGCCUUCAAAACUAAGUAAAUAUCAAUCGUGGCUCAAUAUUCGCGAAUGUGCUGUGUGCGGAGCAAGAGCAAUAGGAAUAAAUUUUGGAGUGCUGACGUGUUCGCCAUGUAAAGGUAAACGAAUCUUUGAUUUAAUAAAUAUCUUCUAUGAUUGUUUACUAGCGUUCUUUCGACGUAAUGCUAAAAAAGCUGAUUGUUUAAAACUGGCUUGUCGUUCAUCGCAUUUCAAAGGCCAAUCCAAUGCAAUUUGUUCGGAUCUACGUCAUUGUACAUCAUGUCGUUUACGUCAAUGUUUCUUUGUUGGUAUGAAGAUUCAAAUGAUUCGUUCAGACGAAGAGAAUCAACGUUAUCGAGAACUUAUCCAAAGUAAUCGUGAACGAAAACGAGAUGUUAUCUUGUUACAAGAAAAUCAACAGGAUUUUCAAAUUAUACCACGAGGAAUCUUUUCACCCUGCACUACUCUUGAUGAAAAAGACUGGGGUCUUUUGUCGAAUGUAUUCUAUGCAUAUGAAAAUUACUGUGUACAACAGUAUAAAGCAACACGUGAAAAGAUCUUUGCUACAAAUAUACAAUAUACCGAUGAGAAAUCAUUUUAUUUACGGUAUCAUACAGCAGCCCGUGUGAAUAGCGUCAGUUCAGUUCUAUCAUUUCUCUCCUCAGUACCAAUUGUACGUUCACUUUCGCGUCGAAAGCAAUUCUUUUUAUGUCAACAUAAUACAGCAGCGCUCAUUAUUCCGAAUGCGUUCGAACUUGAACAAGUCUGCUUUUCUGAACCAAAACAACUUGUUCUCGACCGUACAGCCGCUCAGUGUACGUACGGUGUCUCAUUAUUCGAACAAUGGGUCUUUAUGAAACAGAGACUUGAUGUGAUAAUUGUCAACGAUCCAGUUAUUACGCGUCUGUGCUUGAUAAUCCUAUUCUUUUCUACUCCUCUACUUUGCUAUUUUGAUCCAACAUUACCGGCAAUUUCCAUUGCAAGUAUUGUUUAUUUGAAUAAAAUUCAAAAUUCUUUUGUCAAUCUGUUAUGGAAUUAUUUACUCCAUCGGCAAGGAUAUCUUGGUACUAUUCGCAUUCUGAACAAUCUCAUACGAGCUUAUUUACAAUCACAAAAAUUCCUUCAGACAAUCCAACAUCAACUUCAAACACAACGCGAUCUAGACGAAAUGAAUACAAUGUUGAAGCGAGCCUACGUAUUUGAUAAUCAAGAGAAUUAA